CCGUAGCGCACUAGCACCCCCUUCCUUAGGUUGCUGGAGGAUCGAGGCGAUGGUUUGUUUGGUCGGGAAGCGCCCAACCAUCCCGAAGUUACACUUCGGCCUCGACCUCUAAGGCAUCUAUGAUCUCUGCGACCCCGGCUGCACUUCCGGGCCUGCUGGCUUCGGCGCCUCCUCCGAGCCGCUGCGCUAUCGCCAUGGGGACCGAUUGUGGCGGCGCAAAGUAACUGUCCUGCAUCGUUUGCUCUUCUUUGGGGGCUGCCCCGGCGCAGCGACUGCGCUUCCUUCGGUUUCUCGUGUCUAAACAUAACGCGGAGCUGUGUUCGAUUCCCGAUAAGGUGUAAACUCGACUCCUAGGAGAGAUCUCGUAAUGUCCGGGUGAGAGAGGCUUGUGUAACGCAGCAAAACUAUCUGGAGGAAGAAGCUUGCCUCUUUUGUAACAUGAGUAUAAGCUGUUUCUGCUGCCUGGAAUGCAGGUGCUGAGAUCCCAGAGUCUUCGGGAAGAAAGAUGCUCCAGACCAGCAAUUACAGCCUGGUGCUGUCUUUGCAAUUCCUCCUCUUGUCCUAUGAUCUCUUUGUCAACUCCUUCUCAGAAUUGCUUCGCAUAGCUCCUGUCAUCCAGCUUGUGCUUUUUAUCAUUCAAGAUAUUACCAUCCUCUUCAAUGUCAUCAUCAUCUUUCUCAUGUUCUUCAACACUUUUGUUUUUCAAGCCGGCCUGGUCAAUCUUCUCUUUCACAAAUUUAAAGGAACUAUUAUCCUGUCAGCAGCAUAUCUUGCUUUGAGUAUAUCUUUUCAUAUAUGGGUCAUGAACUACCGCUGGGAAAAUUCAAACGUCUUUGUAUGGACUAAUGGGAUGCAGACUCUGUUUGUUUUCCAGAGAUUAGUCGCUGUGCUAUAUUACUAUUUCUACAAGAGAACAGCUGUUCAUCUGGGAGACCCACGUUUCUAUCAAGACUCUGUAUGGUUACGGAAAGAGUUUGCUCAUGCCCGCAGUUGAGUGCUACUUCUGAAUUAUAUGGAGCUGCUGAAAU